CGAACUUGUAUUAUAGUAUUAAGAUCGCGACGCAAAACAGUGACACUUGAUAGUGAGGUAAAUACUGCUGCGAAGAAACCGCAACACCCACGAAGUCCGACGACAAGAGAGAAGUUAAAGGAAAACGUUGUGGAUAACGAGAGGACACUCGCGGAUACACCCCUGCAGCCGUCCGAAAAUGCUCUCGCGAUCAUGACGACGCCAUCGCCCGCUGAAACCGUCGACGAUCCGGAGGAAAACGCUGACACCCAGAACGGGAGAACGUCGCAGCAGUGGGACGAUACUGCCGACGAUGCCGCUAACUACCGGUAUUACUUGGGGCCGGCGCUGUGUUGCACACAGCCAAUGCCGCCCCCGGCAAGCGUCAUAAUUUCCGCAAACUUUUCAUACCCUCCACCGCCGCUGCCGGAAUAUUAUAUAGGGCCUGCAAUUUUCGAUGUGAUGGGACCACCCCCUAUGGCCUGCUGUGUGGCCGAGUCUAAGUUUUUAUAUCCACCACCCCUGCUUCAGGGGUCAAGGAAACCGUAUCCGCCGCCAUCGAAGCCGUCGGCGGAUGAAAACUCAGAUAAUUGUCCAGUAAUUCGUUGGACCGACAUUGUACCAGCAAAAAUAGAAGAAUGUUUAUAG